UAUUAAAGAAUGUGACCACUUAAAAACCCAAUAGUAUACUCUUCAAUAAUGUUCUAAAAAUUCUCUCAAAAUCUCUGCAAAUUCAGUUCUGGUUGUUUUUGUUUCUAUUUGUCAUAGUUUAUAUAUAGAUUCGUUGCUCUAUCCGGAAUGGAAGCUUCGGGCAUAAAAGAGAGUGAACAGACUCAUAACCUCACUUGCAGAUCUUGAUUUCUUCAUGUUCAAUUGUUCAUAAAUUUUGAAGGCCUUAUGAUUUCAAUCAAAGCAAUAACUUUCUUGAACUGAGGUUCUGAUGCAAUCAUGCAAAUAUGAAAGUUGACAAAUUGAAACAAGAUUCCGGCGGUGGUUUUCUCGAUUUAUUCGAUUGGAAUAUGAAAUCACGCAAGAAAUUCUACAAAACUCCUGAUUUAUCUGGACGAUCGAAGCAGAAAAGGAGUAGCGAUGUAAACAUAAACAUACCCAUACCCAUUACGCAAUUUCAUCCGUCGAAGGAAUCGAACAAUCGAAGCAGAAAAGGUUGUUCGUCUUCACUAAUCGAUGAAGAUGAUUAUGGAAAAUCCCCCGGAGUAGUCGCUAGGCUUAUGGGAUUGGAUUCGCUUCCAAAUCCAACUUCAAGUUUCAACGACACACAAUCAAACCGAUUUUUUGAUUCCCGAUAUGUUAGAAAAAGAAUCGAACUUGAACAGAAAGAUUUCCACCAACAAAUUGAUCGAAAACAUAAAGUGAUCGAGAAGUUUCAAGCCGAAAGUUUACCACAAAAAUCCGAUAAAUCGGUUCAUGUAACUCGACAAAAACUCUUAUCUCCGAUUAAAAGCUCCGGAUUCGGGUCAUCAGAUGACCCGAUUCGCAUAAUGCAAGUCGGUUCAAAAACACCAUCGAGAAAACCAUCGGAGUCGAAUGCUGCUAAGAGUUUAAAAGGGCAAUCAAUGAAUAAGAGUUGGGAUGGUUGUUUAGAAAGAAAACCAUUCAUGGAAGAUGGAAAGAAAUCGGUUUCUUUAGCUCUUCAGGCAAAGAUUAACGUUAAAACACGAGAAGGUUCGAGUACAUUAAGGAAAUCUUCUACAAACAGUGUGCUCAAACAAAACAACCAGAAACAAAAUUGCUUGAAUGGAAGAGGAUUAGGAAAACCUAAUGCAAAAUCUCCAGUGACUUUGCCCAACUCACAGUGCCGGAAACCAGUUUCCGGGAAGAGCUCGAGUAAGAUUCCGGCGAAAUCUAUGAACAAAACUGUCAAUCAAAGGAAACGCGAUAAAAAUGAAGGAGAUGGAUACGUGGUUAGAUCUAAUGGAUCGGAUGUUGUUUCUUUUACAUUCACUUCCCCAAUUUCACGCACUCCGAUAAGAUCUACAGAGAAAAAGAACACCUUUUUGGCUGAUAAUCAUGGCACCCUUUUGGACCAAAAACUAAGGGAAAUAAACAUAACUACAAUCUUCCAAGAUAAAAGAAACCAAGGUAGAAUAUAUAAAGAUGAUUCGUGUCCAGGGUUUUCUUCAAAUGUCCCGUUGUUCAAAGAUCAAGAACUUGUUGGGGUUUUCUCACAGAAAUUGACAACAAUGGAGGUGGAAACCGAGUCAGAACCAAGUUACGUGGAUAAUAUACUUGUCAAUAUCAAGUCCAUGUUUGAGGAUUUCAGUGUAGGAAGGACUCAAAAGAUUGUAAACCCACGUCUAUUUGAUAUACUGGAAGCCAAAAGACCGAUUCUUGGGAAGAAAAACGAGGCUAAGUUAAGGCGGAAACUUGUGUUUGACUGUGUGAGUGAGUGUGUUGACUCGAAAUGUAGAGUGUGGCUAAGAGGUUUAUUGGUGGUUAGAAGAAAAAAACGGUUAGCAAAAGAAGUGUGUAACAAGAUCUCGGGGUGGGAACGAAUGAAAGAUUGUAUGGUGGAUGAGCUUGUAGACAAGGAUAUGAGCAGUGAUCAGCACCAAAAAUGGCUUGAUUUUGAUGUUGAAGCGUUUGAAGUUGGAGUGGAAAUCGAGAGGCGAUUACUUGAUUCUUUAAUCAAUGAAGUUGUUGCUGAUAUUUUGGUACUAUAGUUACGAUUAAAAUGCAUAGAAUUUUGUGGAUUUGGUUGUAUGUUUAUGGUUUUUUCUUGCAAAUAUCGUUUCUUUAUACAGCUUUUUGGAAUAAUUUGGGUUCUUUUUUUGCA